AUGUCGGACGCCAACGUCAGCGCGCGGAAACGAAACCAUCGGCACGACGACGCCAUAGACGUGGCACCAGAGGAGCUGAUUUACCAACUCCUCCUGCAAGACGUGGAGGACUUCGGGGAAUCCUUGAAAGGCAAGCAACAUGAGGGGCAAACUACUGACUUUGAAGUGGCCCUCAGUGUCUACCAGGACAACAUCCUCGCUGCCAGUGAUCAGAAGAUGGCCGCUAGCAUUGCCGAGGCUUUACAAUCUGACGAUACUUUGAUCCAGGCACACGAGGCCAUGGAGCUCCAGACCAGAUAUGACAGAGCCGUCGCGCUUUACAUGGAUAGCCACCCAGCUGACGAUGUCGGCGCUGCUCCUAGCAAGAUCCCGCAGUCCACGCCAGAACCCACAGUCGACGAACACCUCCUUCGCACACUCGAAAGCCUCAACAUCUUCAGCGACGCAUCGGCGGGCGGCGUAUCUUCCUCGUGGGCAGCGAGCCGUGAUCCCUCACGUGGACCCGACCGGGGGCCCAUCGAGGUGCAGACGUGCAUUAGCUGCACAGACACUGCUCCCGUCUCUGUCAUGUACAAGGCCAAGGAGGCGGAGUCCGGGACGACAGACCGCACGUACUGCCACAAACCUCGUUGCUCCAACUUUGUGCCGCCUCAGUUCAUCAAGGGUGACGAGGCUAUCUGCGUCAAGUGUGGUUCCAAGACGUGCACGCUUUGUAAAAAGGCGGACCAUACGGGAGAAUCAUGUCCUCCUGACGAGAAUAUCGCCAUGUUCAAGGAGCUGGCUGAGAAGCAGGGCUGGCAGCAACGUGAGAAGUGCAAUCGAACGGUCAAGCUGGCAAGCGGUUGCUACCACAUGACCUGUGUCUGCAAACACCAAUUCUGCUAUGUUUGCGGCGUCGAGUGGAAGAAGUGCCCCUGUCAUCAGUGGGACGAGCAGGCUCUCCUCGGUCGCGCUGAGGAGGUUGUCAAUCGUGAACGGGCCAUCAGACGUCUGACCAUUGUGGAGCAGCGAAGACUUAUCGUGGAAUAA